GGAGGAAGUGACGUCACAACAGUGUCGAGGGGCGCUCCACGUGUGACCCGAGUUUCAGUCGCGUUGAGAUUCAUCUACCAUGAAGCGGCCGAAGUUGAGGAAAGCUAGUAAGCGGCUCUCAUGUUCCAAACGGUACAAGAUCCAGAAAAAGGUCCGGGAGCACAACAGAAAGCUCAAGAGAGAUGCGAAGAAGAAAGGAGUGCACAAACGAACGAAGAAGGACCUCGGAGUGCCCAGCAGCGCUCCUUUCAAAGAGGAGGUCCUGAGGGAGGCAGAGCAGAGGAGACUCCAGAUUGAAGAAGAGCAGGCGAAAAAAAAACAAGCUAAAAAAGAAGAGCGAGCACAGAAGAGGAAGAAGGAGAAGGAGGCACCAAGCAAAGAAACACAACCUCAAGCCAAGAAGGCUCGCAAGGAAAAGGGUGAAAAGAAAAGAGAUCCAAACAGGAACUCAAAGCACUUCCUCUGUGCUGAAUUAAACAAGGUGAUCAAUGCAUCUGAUGUUGUGAUGGAGGUCCUCGAUGCCCGCGAUCCGCUGGGCAGCAGGUGUCCACAGCUGGAAGAGGCUGUGCUGCAGAGCGGAGGCAAUAAGAAAUUAGUUUUGGUUUUAAACAAAAUAGAUCUCGUCCCAAAGGACAUCGUGGAGAAGUGGAUACGUUGUUUACAGAAAGAGUUUCCUGUCGUGGCAUUUAAAGCAUCAACUCAGGUUCAAGACAAAACAGUGACAGCCAGAAAGAAGAGAAUCGUGGCCUCCAACGAUGUGGUGAACAUUUCCAGAGCAGCGACCUGCUAUGGAAACUCUUUUCUCAUGGAGCUACUCACAAGCUACGCUGCUAGCUUAGAGGAGGGCGUUUCACUCAGAGUCGGUGUCGUAGGCUUUCCAAAUGUAGGCAAGAGCAGCCUCAUCAACAGCUUGAAGGGAGUCCUGGCGUGCAAUGUUGGUGUCUUAAGAGGCGUCACAAAAUCCAUGCAGGAGGUGUACAUAUCGAAAAAUGUGAAGCUAAUAGACAGCCCAGGAGUUCUGGUGUCGCCGUCCAACCCGCCAGAGAGCGUGGCUCUGAGGAGGAUGCAGGAGGACGACGACAGUGACAGCUUGCAGGAGGCCGUCAGGACUCUGCUCAAGCAGUGCGACAAGACUCAGGUCAUGCUUCAGUACAACGUCGCAAACUUCAGAAAUGCCCUGGAGUUCUUGACCAUGUUUGCCAAGAAGCGUGGCUACCUGCAGAAAGGUGGAGUUCCCAACACCGAGCAGGCGGCUACCACCUUCCUCUCUGACUGGACGGGAGCCAAACUAAGCUACCACUGUAAAGUACCAGAGAGUCACAGCCUCCCGUCGUACCUGUCAGACACGGUGGUCGCAGACAUGCAGAAAGGAUGGGAUCUAGAGAAACUGAAGACAGGAAAUAAGGCAACACUGAAAGGAGUGAAAUUCCCACACCCAGCCAGCAGUAUAAGCUUCAGCUGUAAGGGCCUGACUGCAGGCCUGCUGAAUGUGGCCGACGUCGCUGAAGCAGGGCCUGCAGCCGCAGCCACAGAUGAGGCUGAGCAGAAUGAUGAGAACCACGAGCCUGAACCAACAAAUGAGGACUUACAGGAAGCAGAGGAGGAGGAAGAGAAACCACAGAAGAUGUCAUUUAAAGAAAAAACCAGUCAAGUGAGGUUCCAGUCUGCCCCCGUUGACAUCAGUCUCCCGACCGAACAAACGGACGACGCCUACGACUUCAACACAGACUUUAAAUGAGCUCUGCUUCACACAAAGACUGAGAUGUGAAACGUGACCCUGCUAUUGUCCCGCCACUUCACCACCUGUGCUGUUUUCUCUCUGUAGUGUUGAUUCUGGGUCUGAUCACUGCCAGUUUCACACAAUCCAUUGUAAAUACCCCCUGCUGUUGAGGGAUUGCCUUUUUUGUAAAUGCAAAGAAUACUGUAAAUAGACAACCUGCU